UAAAACACAGUUUUGCCCCAUUUUAAUACCAUUAAUAGUCUUCACUUUACUCCUGAUUUAGACUUUAUUCCAACGUAUUACUGAUAAACGGCAGCUGUCAUUCCCUCACAUAUUCCUCAUCUACCGUUUCUGAUCAUACAAGCAUCCUUAACGCUUGUUCCGUUCCCCGACUGAUGCCUCCCUCUGCUCGACACCGGCUGAUCCAAUUUAAGGAUGUCUUCAUUUAGAAUUAGCUUGUUUUGACCAGCCUGCAAGGCAUCCUGGGAGGCUGUGGAGCUUAAGGCCGGCCGGUAAGCAGCAAGGGUAUAAAAUGCAGCUCGAGGCACGGGGCUGAACAACUUCAGAGGCUUACCAAGUGUGGAGACCUGUAGCUCGGGAGGGAGUCUGCAUUGUUGCGUUUUUUAUUUUUCCAACAGCGAGCCGUGUUAGAACUCGAGUCCUGCAAACAUGGUUCUGGAGGAUUCUGAUGUGGAAAUGAUCGUUGCUGAGAUUGAAGUCAGCGAACACGAUGUUGAGACUCCUCACGGAAGACUCCACUGCACGAUGAAGGGCUCUCCCAAAGGGGACAGACCGGUCAUCCUUACCUUCCAUGACAUUGGCCUGAACUACAAAGCUUGCUGGGACCCGCUCUUCAACCAUGAGGACAUGGCGGAAAUCAUGCAGCAUUUUGCCGUGUGUCACGUCGACGCCUUGGGGCAGCAUGAAGGAGCCAACACUUUUUCCACUGGGUACGAGUAUCCCUCUAUGGACCAGCUUGCUGAGACUCUGCCAUUGGUGCUGAAGCACUUUGGCCUGAAGAGCGUCAUCGGAAUGGGCAUCGGAGCCGGCGCGUACGUGCUGACCCGAUUCGCCCUGGACUAUCCAAAUAUGGUGGAAGGUCUCAUGCUCAUCAACAUCAACCCAUGUGCUGAGGGAUGGAUGGACUGGGCUGCCAACAAGAUCAGUGGCUGGACCCACGCUGAGCCUGAUAUGAUUAUUACCCACCUCUUUGGAAAGGAGGAGAUAAACCACAACCACGACCUUAUUGCUACAUUCCGCCAUCAUAUCUUGAACAACAUGAACCAGUUCAACCUGCAUCUCUUUGUCAAGGCCUACACGAGCCGGAGGGAUCUGGAUAUUGAGAGGCCGGUCCCUGGAUGUAACGCCAGAACUCUCAAGUGCCCCUCUCUGCUGGUGGUCGGCGACAAUUCCCCUGCUGUGGAUGUUGUGGUGGAGUGCAACACCAAGUUGGACCCCACGAAAACAACCCUCCUUAAGAUGGCUGAUUGCGGAGGCAUGCCCCAGGUCGACCAGCCCGGAAAGCUGACGGAGGCUUUCAAGUACUUCAUCCAGGGAAUGGGAUACAUGCCCUCUGCCAGCAUGACCCGCCUGGCUCGCUCCCGUACUGCCUCCGGCUCCAGCAUCACUUCAGACGGCAACCGCUCGCGCUCGCACACCCACGAUGGCAACCGCUCGCGCUCGCACACCAACGAGGGGAGCCGCAGUCGCAGCCACACGACCGAGCACGGCCACACGGACGCCACAGCCAACAACAACGUGGACCAGUCAGGGCCCAAGUCCGCUGAAGUCUCCUGCUAAAGUGAAGGCCCCCCCCCCCAAACGCCCCUCCAACAACACCCUGCCCGCUGCAGACAACAAGAACCUCUCAAGUUCCCUUCAUUUUGUGCUGCGCUGCCUCUUAAUUAUACACACAGACUAACACACACAUACAGAUCCAUACACACUUAAAGCAGACAGGGACACUAACAUGACAUAUGGUGACAUGUAAAAAAAGAAAAGAAAAGAAAAACACACAAAGGACUCUUGCUUGCAGAUCUUCCACUGCAGCUGAGAUGUCUCUACAUUCAAAGAUAACUAGAAUAAAAGGUUGUGGUCCAGCCACAAAACAUCAGCACUCUUCGGUCAGGCAGGAGAGCAAACGGAGGCAACGCAGCAUUCGGGGGACGCCAAAACGGAGAAUAUCAGAGAAAGCUGUGGCUAAGAAGAGUACUCCAGCUUGUAAACUAUCUCUCUCGCAUUUAAAGCAGAAUUAAAAUCCAGCAUUCCUUCUGUUUUUUUUCCCCCCUCUACCUUUACCACUUUUUGACACAGCUUUCUCGAAUUUACCCCGCUGUAAAUGUCUUGUUGUCUUCUCACUAAUUGUCUGGUCAUUUACUCUUUAUGUUUCCAAGUGGCGUCGUUUGUGCAUAGGAGCAGAUUUGUAGUCGUAAGGGAAAGGGAGCGAGGAAGCACUCGGACGGACGGACUGAUGGAUGAAUCGUAAAGGGCUCGUUGUAUCUAUAGCUUCACAAAUUAAGGGAGAAAGUUUUCAGGAUAUACUGUAACUGAUAAUUUCAUUCAGCUGGUGUUUAUUAUCUCUGAGGUGUUGGGUUGUAUUUUAGUUCCCCCUUGUUGCUCCCUUUAAGGUUUCCGUAUUUCGCAACAGACUUGAAUUAAGACUGAGCAUUUUUCUGAGAACAUUUCAUUAAGAAUUAGCUUUAUAACGAAUUAAAAUGCAAAUUCACACGA